AUGGGCUAUGGCGAGGCGCCCUGGGAGUUCAAGGGCCGGGCCCUGUACCAGCUGUCGCUAGUGCGGGUGGAGGAGGCCCGCAAGUACGUACCUGCCGAGCUGCCGCUCGUCAGCCUCUUCGGUUGGACCCUGGGCGGCUUCUACCUGGCUCGCUACAGCUCCUCCCCCGUGGGCGCCUUUGAUGAGUGUGUGGCGCUGGCAGGCUUGGCCUGGAACUUCCCAACCUCCUGCGCCUGGGCGGCCCGCGUGUAUGUGAGCGACAGGGACGCCCGGGACCAUGGCAUCUCCGCUGUGGGCCUGCCCUCCCGCCUGGCGGCCUUCAAGGCGCUUCCGCUGCCCGCGCUGGAUGGCGCCGGCAGGAGCGGCGAAGGCGGCAAGCGCGGCGCCAGCUGGUGGGACCUGCCCCACCGGCGCGCGGCCCGCGGCGGCGGCACCGCCGGCAGCGGCGCCGCGGGCGCCGGCAGCCCCACCGCCGUCGUGGAGUUAUGCAACAGCGAGCGUGCCGGCGGCAAGGCUAGGCCCAGCAGCAGCGGCGGCGGCAGCGACGGCGGCGGCAGCGGGUGCCACGGCAAGGCGAGGCGUGGGCUGGCCUCGCCCGUGUGCCGGAUAGAGGUGCCUCAGCUGGCCCCCGCCUGGGCGCCCAAGAUCCAAAUGUUCCUGCCCAGCUUCAGCGGUGCCACCCCCGACCACCCGGGCCUCCUCACGUACACCCUCAAGCUGACAGCCCACAUCCGGCCGCUGCCCCCCGCCCGCGUCACCUUCCCAGACCGCCGGCACAAGAGCGACGACGGUAGCCCAGAGGUGCUGGAUGCCGUGCUGGGGGGCCGCGCCCUGCUGUGCCUUGCCUUUGACGACAUGCACAUGGAGGUGCAGCCGCCGCAGCGGUGGCACCCCAAGGGCGCUCCGACGGGCAGCAGCAGCCUGCGGCCGGCGGCAGCUUGA